AUGAUCGUGUCCCAAACGUCAUUCAAUUUGUUUCAGACUCAGAGCUCAUGGUGCCGGGCAAGAAGACGGUCAGACGUGUUUGAGUUUGACCGGGCCUACGGCCCACAAACGCGGCAAUCUGAGGUGUAUCAGGACGUUUCUCCGAUCAUCACCAGCUGCAUUGAUGGCUACAAUGUUUGCUUCCUAGCUUUCGGCCAGACUGGCUCUGGCAAAACAUACACCAUGAUGGGCCCUCCGGAGAAUCCGGGGGUGAAUCGGGUGCGUUCCCAACAGAAAUAUCUAUCCUGCAUCUGCCACGUCGUUGAUUGCGCUCGGCAGUUUGCUUUUCAAUCACAUCUCAUGAGCCUAUACGCCUGCGCAUUUUACACCAUGACGCUCUCGCUCAUGGAAAUCUACAACGAAAACAUUUACGACCUGCUGCGCGGUGACCAUCGAUCAUUGCGUAUUCGAAUGGAGGAGAGCGGACGAUCCUACGUCGAACAUCUUACUGUGCGCGAAGUGGCAACGGAAGACGACGUCACGCGCGUCCUCGAAGAAGGCGAUCGCAACCGCACUGUCGCUGCCACAUCCAUGAAUAUCCAUUCCAGCCGAUCGCAUUUGUUGCUGGAGAUCAAUAUCCACGGCGUCAAUCGCAUCACCGGCGUCAACAGUCAUGGCAAAUUAACCCUCUGUGAUCUUGCUGGUUCGGAGCGUGUGGGACGUUCGCAGGCCACAGGGCAGCGCUUGGUAGAAGCAGCUGCCAUCAACAAAUCGCUGCAGUCGCUCAGCCUCGUAUUUCAAGCUAUUGCAGGCAAGCAAAAGCACGUUCCUUAUCGCAACUGCAAACUUACGCACGUUCUUCAAGACUCCUUGGGAGGUGACGCAAAAUGCUGCGUCUUUAUCAACAUUUCGCCAGCCGAGUCCAACCUGGGGGAAACUGUCUCGACGCUUACCUUUGGACAAAACAUAUCGCGCAUCGAAUUGGGACCUGUGAAGCGCAACGUCGCCAAGCCUCGUUUUGACUCCAUACCGCGCUAAAUGCUUUUCUGUGACUGAUUUGUUCAUUUGGUUGCCUUUUU